UUCUCCAUAAAAAUUGAAAAUUCUUCUUCUUCUCUCUCUCUCUCUCUCCUUUCCUUCCCUGUUUCCGGAAAAAGUUUUGAAACCCUAACAACUCCAAACAACAGAAGAAGAAGAAGAAAAAAUGAAGAUAAAGAAGCCAUUGCAGCAACUGAAGCUCUCUGUUCCUACUCAAGAGACUCCCAUCACUUCCUUCUUAACUGCCAGCGGUACAUUUCAUGACGGAGAUUUGCUUUUGAAUCAGAAAGGUUUGCGACUCAUCAAUGAAAAUAAUGAAUCUCGUGGUAUUACAGAGAUAAAGGAGGUUGAUAUUGAAUUUUCAUUGGAAGAUCUUGAGACAAUUAAAGUGAUUGGAAAGGGAAGUGGAGGUGUUGUCCAACUUGUUCGUCAUAAAUUCAUUGGGACAUUUUUUGCUCUCAAGGUUAUCCAGAUGAAUAUACAAGAGGAAAUUCGCAAACAAAUUGUACAGGAGCUGAAAAUAAACCAAGCCUCACAAUGUACUCAUGUUGUUGUUUGUCACCACUCGUUCUAUCACAAUGGAGCUAUUUCGCUUGUGUUAGAAUACAUGGACCGUGGGUCUCUUGCAGAUGUCAUUAGACAAGUUAAAACAAUUCUUGAACCUUAUCUCGCGGUUGUCUGUAAGCAGGUGUUACAAGGACUUUUAUACUUGCACAAUGAACGACAUGUCAUACAUAGGGACAUUAAACCAUCCAAUCUUUUAGUGAACCAUAAGGGGGAAGUGAAGAUCACUGAUUUUGGUGUGAGUGCAAUGCUGGCUAAUUCUAUGGGUCAAAGGGACACUUUUGUUGGAACUUAUAAUUACAUGUCGCCAGAGCGAAUUAGUGGAAGUACCUAUGAUUAUAGCAGUGAUAUCUGGAGUUUAGGCUUGGUAGUACUUGAGUGUGCUAUAGGGCGGUUUCCUUAUAUGCAAUCUGAAGAUCAACAAAGUGGCCCAAGCUUUUAUGAACUUCUGGAAGCCAUUGUAGAAAGCCCACCACCAUCUGCUCCGCCAGAUCAGUUCUCUCCGGAGUUCUGUUCAUUUGUAUCUGCCUGUUUAUGGAAGAAUCCUCAAGACAGGGCAUCAUCUUUAGACCUCCUGAGUCACCCUUUCAUCAAGAAGUUUGAAGACAAAGACAUAGAUCUUGAAAUUCUGGUAGGCAGCUUGGAACCUCCUGUGAACUACCCUAGAUAGUUUGUCUUCUUGUAUGUCAAGCCAAGAUAAUUUGUCUUGUACCGUCUCUGUUGAUUGUGCAGCCAAGUUAACUUGUCUUGUGAUGCUGUAUCAAAUAUAAAAUGUUUGACAUCAGGACUCAGCUGUGAGUCUUGAUCGAAUGUUACAGAAAAAGUUACAUUGUAUUAUCAAAGCAAAUGAUUUACUAUAUAGAUCUUUCCUACAUUUUCGAGCAUUA